AUGGACAAAGGGGUCAUCGUCCCCCUCCUCGGCGCCCUCCAAGCAUGCGUCUCGGUACUGCUCACAAUGUCCUUUGGCGCCGCGGCGCAACGACUCCGACUGAUCCAGAAAUCCUCCAUUGACGAUGUCGCCGCGCUGGGUAUGAAACUGCUUCUUCCGGCGCUUAUUAUCACGCAUCUUGGGGAACAGUUGGAGUUGGGGAAUUUGGCGAAUUAUGGACCUGUUCUUGCAUGGUCAAUAAUCUACACCAGCAUCUCAAUCGGGCUCGCGUACGCGAUCUCUAAGAUGCUGAAACUCCCCGCAUGGGUCAUCCCCGCAUGCGCAUUCAACAACACGACCUCGCUACCACUGCUCCUGCUCCAGAGCCUCGAAAGCGUGGGCAGUUUGAAGUUGAUCAUCGAGGACGGGGAUACGGAAUCUGAUGCGAUUGCGCGCGCGCAGAGCUAUUUCAUUCUUUGUGCUGUGGUUAGUAAUACGAUUGGGUAUGCGGUGGGGCCGAAGAUAUUGAAGGAAGGGGAUCAGGAUGUGGAUGAGCAGGAAGAUGAUGGUGAAGGUGAUGCCGUGAGCGAGGACGAGGGACGGUAUCACCACCGCUAUCCCGGCGGAGAUGAGGAGACGUCUUUGCUCCCUAGGCGAGGGCGGACGAAGCGGGAGCAUGGGCUGAGCUUGAGGCUGAAGAACUGGAUGUCCAAAGCCUCGGUGUCGCUACGUCGCGUGGGCCAGGAGAUCCUGGCGCCGUUCAAGUCGCCGGUCACGGAUGUGGCGAUCGGGUGUACGUUGUUAGGCGCGGUAUUGGGGCUCGUGCCGCAAUUGCAUAAGGCGUUCUUUGCGUCCUACGAGGACGGUGGAAUCUUCAAUGCGUGGUUGACGUCUAGCGUGAAGAAUAUAGGCAAGUUGUUCACGACCUUGCAGAUAUUCGUGGUGGGGUGUAAGCUCGGAGUCAGCUUUGAGCAGAUGCGAGGCCGUGGUGGUGGUGGUUCGGGCCGAACGCCGUUCAAGGCCGUUGCGACGAUAUUUGUCGUGCGGUUGGUGUUGUGGCCGGCACUGAGUAUCUCGCUGAUCUACCUCCUGGCGAGACGGACGGGUCUGGUUCAAUCGGAUCCCAUCCUUUGGUUCAGUCUGAUGCUGAUGCCGGCCGGUCCGCCGGCGCUGGUCAUUUCGGGGCUGGCGGAGUUGGCGAGGGUAUCGCAGGAGGAGAAGAUGGCCAUUGCGAAGACGUUGACAAUUAUGUACGCCUUGUCGCCGUUCAUCUGUUUCAGCAUCACGGGAGCGCUCAAGGCGUCGCAGGCAGUGCGAGAGUAUAAAAGCGCCAUGUGA